AUGGCCUACGGUUGGAGAAGAGAAUGUUCUCGCACAUUAUGGCCUUUGGCCAUUAUUACGAAAAUUAAUACGUCACAAGAUGGAGCUCUUCGGUCUGUGCAAGUCAAAACGAUCGCUCAGUCAACCAGCUGGUUCCGUUGGAACUCCAUGUACUGGACGCUGCGACAGAUCCAACUCAGCAGAAAACGACAACUAGAACAUCUUCUACCUCCACCAAGGAUUCAGCCGCCGCGAGUAGCCAAAAGGACACAUUCACGAUGA